AAUAAUUGAUUGCCCCCAAAUUAGCGUCCCCCCUACUACCCCUGGCUGUCGCCUAACUGAAUGCAAUCCGCAAUUAUUACGUAAAAAAAAUUAAGCAUUCAUAAAAAAUUCCUUAAACCGCGACGCGAGCGCUAUCACACAGAAUUUUUGUGAAUUAUUUCACGUCCGUUUGACAGUUGCUCAGUCCACUUUUAACCUGAAAAAUUCAUAAUCCAAACGUGCUUUACAACGUCAUUGGAACAUUGACAACCCAAUAUGUUUGGCAACAAGAAAAGUAAUUUACCGCCAAGACCUCAUCCUCCAUUACCCGAACAAAUAUUGGAAGACAUUCGAAACGCAAAAAAAGAUGACAACGUCUUCAAAUUUGUUACAAAAGAGGAAUCUGUAGGUGAGAAUUCACAUUACCCAAUGAACUCUAGCGAUAUGGAAACUGUGUAUAAGAGACUCAAAACAUACCUCAGUGUUAAGGAGAAUUUAAAGGAACUGGGUGGGAACUUAGAAACAGAAUGCGAACAGUUAAAAACUAGCGACACAGAAAUGAAGAAAAUUGCAGAUGACAUAAGGAAACAGGCUUACGAAGUCCUAGUAAAACAAUGAUAAUAUUUAUUAUCAUGCAUACUCCAAUAUACGAAUUAUAAUCAACAAACAAAUGUAGAAUGUAAUAAUUAUUGAAAUAUCUAUCUAGAAAAAUUUCAGUUGUAAUGAUCUACGAUACACUUUUUAAACUAAAGCUCCAAAUCAGUGAAUUUGUUUGUAGAAAUACAGACAACUGUUUUUUGAAAAAAAUAGGGACAGCCUAUCACUUGGGAAUAAGUUCGAAUUAUACAAUAUCAAACAUAUCUAGUUUCAUUUUCUAUAAUCAAGUGUAAGGUGCCCAAUACUUUUCAAAAUUGAUCACAAAAGAUAUUCAGUUAUUCUAUUCUCUCAAACUUAUACAUGUUAUAUGCACAUUGAACUCGGAGUUAAAUGGAUAUAAAUACAUUCAAAAUACUUGGCCCAAAAUUACAAAUAAUACGAUUUGGCUUGAAUCUUCUAAAUGGUAAUCGUCGAAGUAUUACGGUACAUUACACAAUGUGUGCAGUGCGUGAUUUCUAAUUCUAAAAUAUUAUAUUUGUGCUGUUAAAAAAUCCCGUUUGAAAAAUGUAACACACACCAAAAUUCUGUGAAAGAAGUAUCAAUGCUAAGGAUGUACAUAUAUAAAUUAUAGAAGAUACGAUCUAA